CAGCAGACUCACUUCUAUAAAUGUUGCCUAACUGGUGGUGUGUGUGUGCAUACUAAGGAGCUCUUUUAAUUUUUGUGCAACCACGCAACUAAGUUUUUUUCUUUACAACUGUUUUUUUGGGUUGUUUUUUGAAUAACUCUUACAAAAAUGAAACUCUUGAGUCUGACCCUCUUCCACCUGCUUCAGCUGUCAUGGCUGCACUCAGUGACAGGACAGAGAGUUGCUUCCUACAAUCUGACAGUGCCAUAUGGCAAUCAGUGGGGUGACUGGGGACAACAAGAUAUGUGUCCUGAAGGCUUUUAUGCUGCAGGAUUUAGCCUCAAGGUGGAGCAACCCCAAGGCUCUGGAGACGACACUGCUUUGAAUGGAAUCCGCUUGUACUGCGUCAAUCCCCAAAACAAGCAGCAACAGGUCAUCAGAGAGUCUGCUGUGGGGAGAUGGGGAGAGUGGACUGCUGUGAAGAUGUGUGAAACUGGUUAUUUGGCCUCCUACAUGCUCCGUGUUGAGCCCCCACAAGGAGGUGGAGAUGAUACAUCUGUCAACAACAUCAAGUUCAUCUGUAGUGGCAACGGUGCUCAAUUGGAGGGGGCUGGAUUGGAAUGGGGCGAUUGGGGCAAUUGGAGCAACAAGUGUCCUAAAGGGGCCAUUUGUGGUCUGAAAACCCGUGUGGAGGAACAUCAGGGUAACGGAGAUGACACGUCCCUCAAUGAUGUGAAAUUCUUCUGCUGUAAAUAAAUAACUACAAUUCAUGACUGUCACUAUGAAUGUAUGAGAUCAAAGUUUCCACGUAUGUUUGGUUUAUUUUACAACAGUUGACACAAAAAGACCAGUGUAUACAUUUCAUUUUGAUGGUAAUAAAGGUAAUGUGCUGCAUCAGUUAA